UUCUGUGUUUUGUUGCUGUCUGACAAAUGGGGGAAUGAGCAGAGUGUCAGUCAUGGCUGCUUCCUUGAUACGAUGGUUGAAGAGGUUGUAUGUUUUCUUGUUGAUAUGUCCCCUCUGUGUGCCAGCCUUCUUGAAUUUGGAAGAGCUGAAUGAGAUGAAAUAUGGGAUUCAAAUUCUCCCCGAUCCCGUCAUCUUGGGGCAGACCAAGACUGAGGAGGUUAUGAUGGUUUCCAGCAAGUAUAAGCAGCUGUAUGAGUGUCGACUUCCAGCCCAGGCGGUCCGCUUUCAUCAAGAUCUGGCUUCAGAGCCUGAUUCACAAGGAUACACUGGGCCAGACAUCCCAGACCUCCUGACUCCAAUGCACAGUGCACCAUGUUUAGUGAAGACAAAGGAUUGGUGGACAUAUGAGUUCUGUCACCAUCAGCACAUCAGACAGUAUCACUUAGAAGACACAGAAAUCAAAGGGGAUGUUCUCUUUCUUGGUUAUUAUGAGUCUGAAUUUGAUUGGAGCAAUGAAACAGCGAAGGCCUCUAAGCAACACAGGCUGAAACGUUACCACAGUCAGACUUAUGUUAAUGGCUCCAAGUGUGAUCUCAACGGUAAUCCUAGAGAAACUGAAGUCCGGUUUGUGUGUGAGGAAGGCUCGGGGGACUACAUUGCGCGAGUCGAUGAGCCUCAGUCAUGUCGCUAUGUGCUGACGAUACACACCAGCCGCACUUGCCAGCAUCCAUUCCUGAAACCACCAUCUACAGCCAAACCUCAAGGCAUUGUGUGCCAACCAGCACUAAGUGCUCAGCAGUACAUGGAUUAUGUCAAAGCUCAAGUCUCGGACACAAAGCGUAAAGUGGAGCAGAUCUCAGAGGAGCUGAGGAGUCUAGAUGAGAUGUUGGCUGGUAAUGAAGGGACAGAUGGAGCGACGGAAGUAACAGCAGACGAGUCAUCACCUGCACCCACUGAUGACUCAGACCAGUUAGACAGAGAAGAUACUACUGAUAUAUCUGAGGAUUCUGAGUCUGAAGAAGUAGAAGAUUCAGAUUUCUGGGAUGGAGUUACAAAGCCAGGAAGUUCAAGAACAACAGCUUCUCAGGAGGAUCAGGCAGAAGAUAAUGACUAUAACUCCAUUACAGACAAUGAAGUCAUGGAUGACGCUGAUGAAGUUGAAAAAUUCAACUUUAAAAUCAUCACUGACCCAGCAGACCUGAUGAAAUUUGUUCAGCACCUCAAAGAGAGCAACAGAAAGAAAGCACAAAACCAAGAGAAACAAACAAGCAUCAGGGUAACAGAGAAGCAUGACGAGGAAGAGACAGAUGAAAAUGAACGUCUUUUACAGGAGUUUGAGAAUGAAAUAGCUGACCUCACAGUGCCAUCUGAUAAGAUUGAGGAGAUAAAGGAGGAGAUGCAGAAGGAGUUUGACAACAUCAUAAAUGAGGCUCAGCAGGAAUUGGAAACAGAGGGUCUUAAAGGGGAGUUUGAUCGCACUCAAGCAACACAGGCACUGGAGACGACGCUGGACAAGCUGCUUGACCGUUUUGAGGAAAAAGAAGUUCAGGAUCCAGAACAGCCAACAGCUUCUGUUCAAAGAGGCAGUGACCCAACCAGAGGAAGCCCCAGCCUGGCUCCCAAACAGCCAGACCAAGCAGCUGACGACCAUGUUAAGAUCAAAAUUACUAAGUAUAAGACGGGCAGCAGCCCUGAUGGGGAGGUCAAAGUUCAGGAGAUGGGCGAAGGAGAUCCCCAGUGGCAGCACAUAAAGGACGUGGUUAAAGAACAGCUAGAGAAAGCAGGACUGAAGGCCGAAGGUAAAAUUGAGGUUAAGAUAUUAACACGAAAAAAUGCAGAGGAGGCAGGUGAUCAGUGGCUGACAGAAGAAGAUACAAAGUCCUUCAGGGAGCUCCUCAUAAAUCUCCUGACUGGAGGCACAGAAGAAGUUUACAAGGAGCAAAAGAGGCAGCAGGAAUUGGAGAACAAUUACAGGUUUGUGUGGGGAGAGUCCCAGGAGGAAUCACAGUCAUCCAGCACCUCUGACUCAGAUGACGUGGACAUAUGAGCUCAUGGUUUAGUGAACUCCUGUGGAGACCAACAAGGAGGGGGAACUCUAAGGUGCAGCUGCAAUUUUUGAGAAGAGCCCAUAUGAUUCAAUUAUUGCUAUUAAACCUGGUAUUUGGUAUCAAAUCAUCUGUUUGCACAUUUGGGAAAUGUGUCUGUGUGUCUUGAAUAGGCAAUAUGUGUCUUCAGUCAGCACGAUUUAUAUGUUGCACGUUAAAAUCGCAACAUGUCAGCUGUACUUGUGCAGUUAUGCAUUUUCCCCUUUUGAUGGGAUUCAGUUUUGAUAGGCUAGAAAAGCCAAGGGAUGUACAAUAUGUACCUUUUUAGAAAUAUUUCAGUGAGUUUUACUGAAUAUUUACAUCUAGUUUUGAAGUUGUCCACAGCACAUUGUAUCCACAGCUGGUUUAGUCCUUUGAUUUGUCCCAUAUGUUGUCAUUGAUAAAGUCCUUUAUUCUGUGAAGCUGGCGAAUUGUGCAUGCCUCAACAAAUUGAGUGAGUGUUUGCAAAGGUUGUUUUAUAUACUGUAUAUUGGGGGGGGGCAAAAACAAAGGACUAAUGCAUAAGGCCUCACAUUUGAGUUCUACUUUUUGUGAUUCAGUGGUUAGUGAACAUGACUGUAGAUUACAAAGGUGUUUGUACACAUGCUGUGGCACUUUAUGGAACCUUUUUCUAAAAAUGUAAACUCAGAGUUCAUACAUUGUUUUUUCACUAAAAUGGUGUUUUUCUCUUGGCUUGUCACUCCUGUUGACAAAAAGUGACUUGAAGGAAAAACAUCGAAACAAGAGUAGGAAGGCAUUUUAAUGUUCUGUACUUUAUUUUUUUGGCAAGAACUUAGCUUUAAUUAAUUUAGUAAAGAAAAGCAAAAAAAAAGCAACAUGUCAAUCAGACAUUCAAUAUACCAAAAUAAUUAAUUUACGCAUUGUUUGCUAAGGAUCCGUCAGAGAUGUACUUACAAGGGCUUAACUUGUAUAGUUUGUGAAUAACUGUGGCUCCUUGGAUCUCAACAUGCACAUAAUGUUUGCGUAUAUUUUUUAAAUAAUUUGUUGUACACUGGCACACAUUUUGUGUAACCUGAAUGAAUAUGUUCAGUCAUUUUUGCUUUCAUAUGCUCAAGGCCUCAUGCCAGACUGAUAGACUGUCAUGUAUAACCUGUUGGGGUUAUUCUCUCCCAAGACACAAUCACACAGAAAUGCUUGAGGCACUAUCAGUGUCUUUCAACAGUCAACUGGAUCUUUGUGUCAAAAGAAUUGAAGGCAUUUACCCAUAGGUAGUUUUACCUGAUUAAAGCUGUGUAACACAAAGUGAGAUAAGUAAGUUAGCUGCCUACAUUUUAUUUCAACUCCCAUUGGAAGCUGCGUCACCUUAUGCUUCCUGAUCAUCAGCUUCAUACUACCAGUCCAGCAUUGUUUAUUGGACUCUGUGUAAACAGUUCAUUCACAGGUAUGCCCUACAGUGUGGUUUUUUUUUUUUGGCAUUACACUUUAACAUUUACACUCCUCUGCUGCAAACAUUACCAAUAGAUGUUAACACUAUUUAGGUUGAUAAAAUAUACCAUUAGUCUGUUACCUCAUUUUUAAAAGUGCAAGGUUUUAAGGAGUAAUGAACUGGCUUUGUGAUCUGAAAAAUAUUAGACCUAUUUGAACUGCCAUACACAUUUAGGCCAUUGAGCUUUUUUUUUUUAAAGAAAUAAACAUUACCAUAAAAGUUG